AUGUAAUAAAUGGAAUAAGAGGAAUAUGAAGUAAUAAGAAAAUUAGGUUAAUACCUAUUUAUUAAAAAAAUAGGUCAAGGAUUUACAGGAACAGUAUGAAUGAUAUUUAUAAAUAGGUAUACAAAGCUUUUGACAUAAAAGAAAGAAAACUAGUAGCAAUAAAAGAAAUAAAAAAAACUAAUAAGAAUAUGGAUGAAGAAAAAUUAAGAAAAUUUAUUCAAAAUGAAAAAACGAUAUUAUAUCUCUGUAAAUCAAAAGAAUAUUAAAAUAUUAUUCAAGUGAUUGAUUCAUUUGUUACUAAAGAUUCAGACUAUAUUGUUUUAGAAUAUUGCUCAUGUAUAAAAAUAAAAUUUAAUUUUAAGAAAACUUAUCUUAAUAUGUUGACACAUUAAAAUAAAGUUAGGUGAACAACACCUAGUAUUUAAGUGAAUAACAUGCAAUUAAUAUACUAAUCUAAAUUAAUUAAGCUAUGAUAAGGUAUAUUAUCAAUUGAUAUAUUAUAUAGUUUGCAUGAAAAUUUUAUCUAUCAUAGGGAUUUGAAACCUGGAAAUAUUCUAAUUAAAUAAGGUGAAAUUGAUGAGAUUAAAAUUUCAGAUUUUGGUUUUUCAAGAGUCCUUUUAGAAGAAGAUCUGCUUAAAACAGGUUUAGGAACAAAAAAUUACAUGGCCCCUGAAAUUAGAAAAGGAGAGAUUUAUAAUCCUAAACUAUCAGAUAUGUAUUCUUUAGGUGUCAUUUUAUAUGAAAUUCUUUGUAAUCAUCCUCAUCAAAUAGAUGAAGAAUUUAAUUUUAAUUUAAAUCCUUCUCUAAGUGAAGACAUGAAGAAUUUAAUUAUUUUAAUGACUAAACAAAAUCCAUAAGAAAGAUUGAAAUGGGAAGAUUUAGGAAACUAAAAUGCAUUAAAAAAUCUUAACUAAUAUACAUAAGAAUUAAAUAAAUAUUAUUUAAAAUUGUGGGAAAAUAAAAUUAAUGUCUUAAACUGUUGUUUAAGUGAUAUUGAAAAAACUAAACCAAAUCACUAAAAUUUAAAAGCUACUUUAGAGGUAUUUGAAAAUUAAUUAUUAAAUAAAACAUAUAAUGAGAUUGAUAUACAAUUAAAAAGGAUUGAACGUUUAGACUUUGAAGUAAAUAUCAAAGAAUAAAAAAAAAAAAAAUUUCUAAAGGAUUAAGAAGAAGUAUAAAAGAAAAUAUUUGAUCUGUCUAAUUCAAAAAGUAUUAUUGAAAAUAGAGAUUAUAAUCAAGAAAAAUAGAAUUUUGAAAAUUUUAUUAAAAAAAAAGAAUAAGAAGUAGAUGAAUUGAAGAAAAAGAAUUAAGAUGAUGAAUUCAUAAUAUAAAAAGAAAUCUUAGAUGAACUUAAAAGUUUAGAAUAUAAAGUGAAAUUUUGUGAUGACUUUGAUAAUGAUUUUGUAUUUUUAUGUAAUAUUAUUAGUUCAAUGUAUUUGCAGAAUAGAAAAUAAAGAAUUGUUAUCAAUAGAAAUUUGAUAUGCUAUUAAUGUAAACAUAAUAUGGUUUAGGGUAAAUAAACAAUUUUUUCCGAAGUUUGUAGUUACACACAUAUUAAAGUCUUAGAAAUGAAUCCUAAAUUUUAAUAUAAUAAAAUUCAUGA